GAGUGCCACAGCGCCAAGUUUCUUUCUUUCUUCUGCAGCGUCAAAACAUGGCGGAAAAGGACGGAGAAAUUUGCUUUAAAAAGGAAACAAUAAGCAAACUCUUGUGUAGUUUCUUCAAGGAAGAUAAAACCAAACUAAGUGGUGAUGCUACGCUGCUCAUGGCUGAGAUGCUUAAAAUAUUUGUCCAAGAAGCUGCUGUGAGAUCACAGAAACAAGCUGAAGCUGAAGACUGUGACCAAGUAGAUAUUGAACAUUUUGAAAAGAUCCUACCACAGCUGCUUCUGGACUUCUAGCACAACGAUUCCACAAGAUGGAGCCAUAGUGCUGCCAGCAUGUGCCUAUUUCCACAUUACACUCUCUACAGCUACAAGUUUUGUUUUACUGAUGUAUAUUUUUUUAGUAUUACUGCAAUUUCAGAUCACCCAAAUCUGAGAUAACAGGAAGAUUGGCAUAAUGUAUAUAUUUACAUUUUGUGAUUUUUUUUUUUUUUAAACAAAAAUAGAAAGCAGUAGUGUUGUCCACACUCCACCACACUGCCACGAAUAAGGGCCACCUGUGCUCACUUGUGCAACAACAGGUGCCUCCAGCAUGCUCCAUGGUGCCCUUCAUCAAAGCCUCCAGGAGCAGUUGGAAGCAAUUAGAGUAAUAAGGGGAGCAGCCAGUCCCUUAGAUGAUGACAAGUGCCAGGAAAAAACUAGUACCCCCUCCGGCCACUUUGAAGUUCCCUUUUGCUGUCCUGCGAUGUUUAGUUAGAGGUGGGGGGAAGGGCAAAGGGGACCUCUGGCACAGGGGGAAAGUUGAAUGGGAGUGUGUGUGCAGUAUGUGUGCACGUGUUAACUAAACAUGGCUAGAGACCACACGCAUAGAUAUUCUAUUUGAAAGGAAACAUAACAAAACACAUUGGAACAUGGUCCAAGAAGAGCAGGGUGUAAUUCUGAAGGUAAAUAAACAAAAGAGGCGAGUAGUAGAGGUGCUUUCUCUACUUUCAUCACAGCAGAGGGGGAAGUUGGGCCUACAAGGGAGCGGGUAAUGUGGGGUUUUCUAACCCAAGUAGCUCUGAUGGUUUUCCACCAGCAGUGCAAUUGACCAAUGUGUCCUCACUGUGAGUCAGCAUAGCUGUACAACACCUCACACUAUUUAUUUGUGUGGCUCUUGGGUGACUCACUGUGCUUACAAAUGCCGCUCACAUACAGCUGGAAGCAACUUAGUCGAAAGUCAAGAAUCCGGGCUCAAAUAGGUGCUCAAGGACACAGCACCUGGAAUUUGACCCAGCACCUUUUUAGUAAGGCCGAGGCAGGAUUUGUGUUUCCCAGGGGUAACUUCUAGAGCACGCUUUCAGGAGGAGGUGUGGUUGGUUGACUAGGUGGUGUUUUAGGCAGAAAACAACUUUUGGCAGUAAAUAAUUUACUAUUUUUAAUAUUAUAUUUAUGUCUUGUCCUUUCUCUCUGGUUAGAACAUGAAUCAAAUUACUUCAUUAAAAAAGUAGAAUUCAUCUGUAUCGAUUAUCACAAUAAGAAUGUAAUGAGUAAAAUUUGCAAUUUUGUGUGUAACUUGUAUUAUACAGGCUCUCUGGAGGCUUACUCAAAUUAAAAUUGAUCUUUCCCAACUGGAAAUUCUUCCAUAUGAUAUAAAAAAACUUAUUCUCUUGGA